AUGAACUUGGCUCAGAUAUCGAACAUCAGUCAGACAUGCUCACACGCAAAUGAUGCUGGAGCCAUAUGCUCAGGGCACACAGGGCUCCGGCUGGUAAACGGCAGCACAACAUGCUCAGGGAGGGUGGAGAUCCAGGUUCUUGGUGCCUGGGGAACCCUCUGUGACUCACGCUGGGAUUUACCAGAUGCCAACAUUCUCUGUCGACAGCUCGACUGCGGAUUCGCUAUAUCAGCCCCAGGAGGAGGGUAUUUUGGGAGGGGAACUGUCUCUGUCCGGACUGACACAUUUCACUGUAAAGGAACUGAAUCUCAUUUGGGGUAUUGCCCUGUUACUGCCCUGGGGGCCUCUCAGUGCUCCCACGACAAUGAUGCCAGUGUGGUUUGCUCAGGUCGCUCUGAAUCACUCAGACUGCUGAAUGGAGAGAGCCGGUGCGAUGGAAGAGUUGAGAUUUCCUUCCAUGGUGUGUGGGGCAGAGUGCUGGAUGACCAGUGGGACAUGAAUGAUGCCAGCGUGGUGUGCAGGCAGCUCCGGUGUGGAGUCGCUGAGAAAGCUUAUAACCCCCCUAAGUCUGAGCGAGGAAUAGGCCCCGUGGGGCUGAGAAGGGUCCAGUGUGCAGGAAAUGAGACUCGUCUGACUCUCUGUGACAACUCCACAUCUGAGACAACCCAGGCAGGAAUUGCUGAGGACGUCGGUGUCGUUUGUUCAGGAAGCAGGCGGAUCAGACUGGUGAAUGGGGCAGGUCGCUGUGCUGGGAGAGUGGAGAUUUAUUACAAUGGCAGCUGGGGGACAGUCUGUGAUGAUUUCUGGGACCUACUGGACUCCAAUGUUGUCUGCAAACAACUGGGAUGUGGACAUGCCAUCAGUGCAACUGUCUCUGCUCAUUACGAAGGAUCCGGGCAGAUCUGGCUGGAUGACGUGAACUGCUCUGGGAAUGAAUCCGAUCUCUGGUCGUGUCCUUCCAGGGGCUGGGGCCAGCACAACUGCAGACACAAAGAGGAUGCCGGAGUUCUCUGCUCAGAGUUCACAGAUCUGAGGCUGGUGAGCGACAGUGACUGUGCCGGGCGGCUGGAGGUUUUCUACAAUGGGACGUGGGGCAGUGUUUGCUCCAAUGGGAUGUCUGAAGUCACCGCAACAAUUGUCUGCAAACAGCUGAACUGUGGGGACGGAGGGUAUAUUGCAGAAGUCUCAGAAUAUGGAAAGGGUCCCACAUGGCUGGACCACGUUAGAUGCAGUGAGCAGCACAGCUCCCUCUGGCAGUGCCCAUCAGUGCCCUGGAAUCCAAAGUCGUGUGAUAACCGAGCAGAAGAGACCCAUAUUUCUUGCACUGGAAAAAAAACAAAACCAAAUCGAAACCCGUUCACCGAGUGCCCGAACUCUCCAAGCUGCACAGACCAGGAGAAGUUACGUGUCGUGGGAGGAGAGGACGGAUGCUCGGGCAGAGUGGAGGUUUGGUACCAUGGUUCCUGGGGGACAGUUUGUGAUGACUCCUGGGACAUGGCAGAUGCUAACGUUGUGUGUAAACUACUGGGCUGUGGAUCUGCUUUAUCUGCCCCGGACAAGGCUGUAUUCGGCGAGGGGACUGGUCCCAUCUGGGUGGAGACAUUGAACUGCAGAGGGACAGAGUCAUCUCUCUGGGACUGUCCUGCCAAGCCCUGGGGUGAGAGCAACUGUGGUCAUAAGGAAGAUGCUGCUGUGAAUUGCUCAGGUGUGACAGAGAGGACAGAUUCUCCAAAUACCCCAGCUCCCCCGCGCCGUCCUCCCACUGACAGUGGGAGAGUCACGGUGCCCGUGGUCGUCUGCAUUAUCCUGGGGGCCCUGCUCUGCCUGGUUUUAAUCAUCCUGGGGGCGCAGGUGCGAAGUGCCAGGGCACAGCGCAGAGGUUCCAGAAGACCCUUGGAUCCCUUCUCUGAGGCCGUGUAUGAGGAGAUUGAUUAUAACCUGAUGAGAGAGAAGCAGGAGAUGUUCAGUCGCUCAGUCUCCUAUUCAGAUGACUCAGUGAUGAAGCUGCAGUAUUACACCGGGGACAGUGAGGGGGAAAAUGAUCCUGGAUCAGAACAAGAGGGAGCUUCCCCAGGGGGGUCUCAGUUGGAUUAUGAUAAUGUGGAGGAGCCUGCCCUGAACGACGUCUCCCAGACUCCAGAUGGCCAAGAUGCCCCUGCCCUGCCUGGAGAUGUCCCAGGGGAUGGUUAUGAUGAUGCCAGAGAAGUGUCUGAGCCUGAAGAUGACCCUGGUUUGGGGCAGAAUGAUGAGAAAGGC